UUCCAGUGGAAACAAAUCGUCAACAAAGCUUACAUUUUUGUCGCCCUCCACGUAAAAUCCAAUUAAAAUACGUUUUUCCGGUGAAAAUAUUCAAUGAAAAAUCAAGAAAAGUUCCCGAGAAAGGAGGGAAAUGUGAAAAAUCUCUGUGAAAAUUUGCAACAAAGGAAUUUUGUGGGAAAAGGAAAAAAGUGACGCUUUGAGGUUAGGAAAUUUUUCGGUGGGAAUUUAUUUGUUGCCCUGAAAAAGGGUUUAGUGCACCCAAGAUGAAGUGCUGCGUUCCCGGAUGUACCAGUAUAAAUAUAAUUCAGGGUGGGAUAAAAUUCAAACAAUUCAGCUUCUUCAGAUUCCCCUUUGAUAGUGAACAGGAACGUGAAUGGCGUGAGAUUUUGAAGGUAAAGCCCGUUCCGGGUGUGUCUCAGAAGAUCUGUGAGAAGCACUUUAGUGAGGAAUAUCUCGUAAUAACGCCGGACAAUAAGAAAAGUCUCAGCUGGGAUGCAGUUCCGUUGGAAUGGAAAGAGACAAAUUACUGGAAGCAUCGAAUAGAGAAGCCAAAGAGGAAGGAUCCGGAAGUAACGUUGGAUUUUUACAGAGUCCUGGAGGAGUAUAAAAGGGCAAAGGAGAGAUAUUUUGAAUAUUUGGGAAUUCCAAAGGAAUUUGAGGAUGAUUUUGAUGAUUCAGAAUAUUUUGGGAUACACUACGAUGGGCUCCCCUGGUGGGCACGUCCUGUUCUCAAGGAACCAUCACAGGAGGAAGAGAUGGAAUUGGAAGAUAAUGACCUGACAAAGAAAUUAUGCAGCAUUUGUGGGAAGAUGGAGAUGAAUUAUGAUCUCCAUAUGCUCCUUUUUCAUCCUCCGGAGAUUCCGGAAGACACCACGGAGAUUAUUGUGGAGGAACCGUGUGUUAUUGAGGAAGAAAUCCUCCCGGCGGAUGAUAAGGAUGAUGAUCCGGACUUUUCCGUGGAUGAUGUGAAGGAUGAAAAGGACGACGAUUAUGAGGGGAAGGAUGAAGAUGAGGACACGACGCCGAAGAAGAAGCAACAGUACAUGUGCAGUUGCUUCAAGAUUCUCCCCUCAAUUGAGCUCCUGCUGGAGCAUAUUGCGAGAUUCCGCUUUGGGGAGUCGUCAAAUCGACACAAUCUCGAAUGUAUGAAUUGUGAGGCUCAAUUUAAGGAUUUAUCCCUGUUCAAGAGGCACAUUGAUGCCGAUGGGACGUUGUGUUUCAAGUCAAUUCGUCUCAAGGGGGACACACUCACCCUCCCACGGAGGCUUCGACCCACGCGGCUGCAAACGACGGCCGGGAAGGGGAAGAUGAAGGAGUGCGAACGAUGUGGAAUAAUGUUCCCAUAUGGGCACACUUUUAUGGAGCACCAGCGAACGGUACAUGGGGUGGAUUCAGCUGAUGAGCUGGCGCUGUAUCUCAUCCCACCGCCGGACUUCAAUGCCCUCGAUGAGGUGUACACGCAGGAGAUUGAGGAUGAUGAGAAGAAGAAGCAGCGUUUGAAUUAUUUCCGCAAAAUGGAUAUUCCGUGGGAAUUUAUGCGGGAUUUUGACAAUGUGGAGGAUUUUGGGGUGCACGAAGGGCUUCCAUGGUGGGCUAGGCCCAUCAUUAAGGAGUCCCCCGCGAAGAAGCGGUCCCCGGCGAAGAAGAGGAAGCUCAAUAAGGAGAAUGAGGAGGAGGAGCAGCAGCAGCAGCCGGAAGUGAAGGAGGAAGAGAAUGAAGGAGAGGAGGUUGAGUACCCGGAGCAGUCGUACAAAUCCGGACGAGAUAGAAAGGAUGUUUGUGAGUACUGUGGGCUUGUACGGGCGCACAUUGUGAAGCAUGUGCAUCAGAAGCAUAUGCACACACCUAAGCCGUGCGAAACAUGCGGCUACAAGGUGAGCAUGUGGAAGAAGCAUGUGUGUCAACCCUUCCCGCGUCGCAGGACUGCCUGUAUGUGCACAUGCGGUGAAGCUUUUGCUCUCCUGGAGCAGCUUCAUGCGCAUGUAACAGUGGAGAAUGGCAAGGGAAGGGCCAUUCAUCGCUUCAAGUGUGCCCGCUGCCCGGAAGCCUUCGAUACGCGCGAUGAGCUGUACAAUCACAUGCAAGAGCACUAUGGGAAGCACAAGUGUGGGCUGUGCAACAAGGGCUUCCCCAGUGCGAGUAAUCUCAAGAAUCACCUGAAGAAGCACACGGCUAAGCGUGAGGCGGAGUGCAACAUUUGCGGGCAGAAAUUCAAGGAUGAACGCUACGUGGAACGACACAUUGAGGUUGUGCACAAAUCCCUACCAGUGCCCUGUCCCCACUGCGACAGGAUGUUCAAACCCGGACACUCCCUGAACAGCCACAUCCGGCGACAGCAUCAGAAGCAACGGGACUACGUGUGUGACAUCUGCCAGAGAACCUUUAACCAGCUUGGCGCCCUGAAGUACCAUUUGACCAUUCACACGGGUGAACGCACGCAUCCCUGCCCCUUCUGCCAUCAGGCCUUCAAGUGCAACAAAGAUCUCCGGAGGCACUAUGCAAAUCACAAGGAUCUCACCCUCAAGUGUCCAAUGUGCAAGAAUUACUUCCUGAAUGAGGAGGAGCUCAAGCUCCAUUGCAUGCGCUAUCACAGCAUCGACGCGAAUGUUCAAUCAAUUGUCCAGGUGGAGGAUUACGUCACGGAGGAGGUUAUCGAUGAGAUUAUGUAAAAAAAAAGGUCACAGGUGAGUGUUUGAUCCCAUUUUUCCAUUGAAAAAUAAAAAUAAAUGAAAAUGAAAGGAAAAAGACUCCUUUUAGAAAAUAGUGUUUAUAAUUUGCAGAUUUUAUCACAGAAAUAAAAUGUAUCUUUAGGUUGAUAA